AGAAGAAGAAGUUCAGCCAGUAUGGUGGAAGGUCCGUGAAGGCACAAUGGCACGUAGUGUACUUCAUUCUUUUAAGAGGAUAAACUUGCCUGUUCUUAAUGCUUAUAACGAGCUUUUUGUUAACACUCUACGGAUUCAGUCCCGUAGUUAUGCUAGUAAGAAACCAGUUACCAAAGGCAAAGGCAAAGGAAUGGUAAAGGAGGUUUUUAAGGGUCCAGAAGUCUGUAAGGAUCCAGUGAGACUUUGUGCACAUGUAGUCGGAGUCAACAUCUUCAAACAAGGCGAGGACCCUCUUAUUAAACCCAGGGAGGAAUAUCCAGAAUGGUUGUUUCAGUUGGACCUCGGUCCACCCAAAAAACUCAACGAAUUGGAACCAGACAGUCGGGAAUACUGGAAGCUUUUAAGGAAGGAGCAUAUUUGGAGACAUAAUAAACUGCAUAAAGGCAAAAAGAUGUAGAGGGUUUGGACAGAAUCAUGCGUCUUCGAGCGCAAGAUCUGGGUGAACCUUUGCUUUCCCAGCAUUCACAGAGGACAUUACCUGAGGCACAGCUUGAGAUAUGUUUCUCUUCUGAGUGGAGAUACGGAGAAAUUCAUCUUUCCCAGUGUCACGAACAAAUCACUGCUGACAAAAAUAAGCGAACUUUUACAGUUUUGCUGGUUGUGUUGGAUCUACUGUGUCUGUGGAUCAAGCGGAGUAUUUUUGUUGUCAUUCCUUGCAUAACUGUUAACGUCAUUGUGUUAUUGUUCACAUGAAAAAUAAAAUUUCUAAUGCAAAA